AUGGUAGCAUCAAGAGUGGCUGCCGCGAUCCCGCCGCAGCCUUCGUGGGUGCAGCAAUCGAAGAAGGCGGUGACGCCUUUGCAUAUGAGUGCCUGGCGUCGUUUAGUUUAUGGUACGAACGCAGGUGUGGUGGUGCGAAGUUUGCCGGAUCAAGUGUUGUUGGGCAAGUCACCUGUGGAGGUGUACGGGGGGUCUAAGCGGCCGAUAACGUGUGCGACGGCGUCUCUGGAUGGACGUGUGGUGGCGGGUGGUGACAAUGAUGGGUACUGUCACAUUUGGUUGAAUGAAGGUGGUAAGGUGAAUUACAGUUGUUACAAGCAAGACCACAUGCGGUAUGUGCACUUGACGGAUAUUUGUUUGACUGCAGACGGGCAGCGUCUGGCGGUGGUGGGGUUGGAUCAACAUUCUCAGGUUCAUGGCGCCGUGUUAUUAGUCGACACGGGUGCCAAAAUCGGCGCCAUCAAGGGACACGUAGGCGGUAUUUCUUCUGUCUGUUUUAGUCCGAACAAGCCGUAUCAGAUCACGACCGCUGGUGUUGACGGGAAGGUGUGUGUACACACUGGUCCUCCUUACAAAUGCACUCAGACUGUGGAGGCCUCGCCCAUUCUAACAUGUGUUCGAUACAGUCCCAGCGGCAAUUACCUCGUCGUGUCCGGGGCCCAGGGAUACCUGGCGGUGUUCGACCGGCAAUUGAAGCUCAUUACCGACGCCGACCUGGGCAUGAUCUCGCCCAUCUCUCUUGCCUGGAGUCGAAAUCGCGAUGACACUUUCGCCGUGGCUUGCAACGACAACUCAAUCCACGUCCUGCAAAUCGACUUCAAACUGGAGUCAGUGACCGUCGCUCAUAACAUUCCGACUCACGAACAUAUCCCGCGAGGUAUUCUCUGGAGUGAAAACCACUGGGUACUCGCCUUAACCGACUCUGGCGCCAUCCUGGCCUGGAAGCUGCUCGACGGAGCCGACCGGAGUUGCAAGACCGCGCUUUUGGAACAAAGCCUGAAGGAAGAACUUAAGGAAGAAGCGCACCGUCGGGCCUCUCUGAGCAUCCCCCCCGCUCGCGGGUCUGUGUCCGACACGCCCACCAAGUCGUCCUCUGCAACACCGAGCGCUAUCGCAACUGAAGCCGCAACCCCAACUCCUUCGUCGCCGCCGGCCGCGGCCUUGGGUGGCCGGAGGCGACGGCUGUCGGUCUGCAAUAUGGGCGUGGAUGGAGCGCUGCCUUUGACCCCGCCGCACGUGUCGUCUUCGCCACAGUGGCAGUACGACUGGGCCAAGCUGCAGACUGCCCAACCGCACCUGAGGCUAUACGGACCGAAAGGUGGGCCUAGUGUGGUACACUUCGACAUGAAAUCUUCUCAGCUACUCAUUGGCACAAAUAUGGGUUACCUCAUGUUCCUCGACACCGGUAUGGUCAUACCACACACGUUCGAUGUUGCCCGGAUGGAGAGCGACCGCCAAAUACGGAGCUGCAUCACAAACGGACUCGUCGGAGCUGCUGCCGCCGCCGAUGGCUGUGUCAAGGUCUACAAGUACUCCCACGUAAACAUCAAGUCCAAUGAAGACCAAUUCGGUGUGCAACAAUGCUACGAAAUCCUACGAGGCACCAACGCUGAAGCAACCACCACGACUUACAAACCAAAAACAAGAACAGAAGUCAAAGAAAUAGGGGAAUUCCGCCUCUCGGGACUUACCCCCCUGGCUCUUAUGUUUCUUAAAGGUACCACUGGAGGAGGAGUUACUGGGGGAGGAGUUACUGGGGGAGGAGUUACUGGGGGAGGAGUUACUGGGGGAGGGGAUACUGGAGGAGGAGUUACUGGAGGAGGAGUUACUGGAGGAGGAGAUCGCACUAACUAUAUCGGGCUAUUUACGGAGGCGGGAACGUUGAAUGUUUACAGGAUACAGAACAAUGAUGUGAGCGAGAUCUGGAACGUCAAAAUGCGAAUUAAGCCACUUUGCGUUAGCGCAACUCAGGAUGGAAGUCUCAUAUGUGUUGCCGUUAUGGCAACGGCUGCAGACUACCCAGAUGCUAUGAAGGGGGAUCAGGAAUUAAGUGACGACCAAGUGGUUAUUGAGAUUUAUGAGGUGGUUAAUGCUGCUUCUAUUCAAGGUUUUAAAUUCAUCAAGAUGAUACCGACGAAAGAAAAAAAGGUGACCGCUAUUAGUAUUAAUAGAGACGGUACACUCGUGGCCUAUUCAAGUGGGACUUAUAUUCGUGUUCGUGAAACAGAUCCGACCGAUCCAAACAAAAUGGUUGUUGAUAAUCAAUGGGGUGAACAUCGCACCCGUGUUUGCGAUCUUGCCUGGAGUCCUAAUGGUAACCGUCUAAUCUCAACAUCAACUCACGAAUUAUUUGUUUGGAAUAUUCACUCUCUACACACCAACAUCAAGCUCAAGGAUAACCAUUCCGGCUACAAUCUAUUUGCCCGGUAA